AUGGCAAGGAAGCAAACAACGACAACAAAGAAGACCAAGCUGAGUUUGAGUCCACUGCCAAAAUUCCUAUUCCCCAAAUCGCUCCAUGAAUACCUCACAACGCCAACGCCAAACUACACCCCAACGCCAGAGAUCAUCGAGCCGGGCCAAAUCAUAAUCAUCGCAAACUUCCUCCCGCCCAAACUCUGCGCCCAGCUAAUCCAAACAUUCACAACCUCGCUUCAUCUAGAACCGACACCUCAAAUAAAGAGCAAGGAGUACGCGGCGCGAUAUAAUGACCGCGCGUCGCUUGUGGACCUAAAUACGGCGCAUGCGUUAUGGGUCCACCUCCGCUCAAUCUUGCUCAAUCGCCAAGAAGAAGAAGAAGAAGAAGAAGAAGAUGGAGGUAAGGAGUUAUGGGGUGAGUUCUCCGGUGCACGGGGCUUGAAUCCGCAUAUCCGCAUCUAUCGGUACGGCAAACACCACCACUUUGGCGCUCAUUACGAUGAUCUGGUGAAGUGCUAUAUCCCACCUGAGGGAACCAAACAAGGCACGACGAAGUGGACGUUGUUGGUUUAUUUGAGCGGGUGUCUGGAUGGCCUACGUGGCGGAUCGACUAUCUUCUAUAAGGGCGAUGGUGGUGCGGGGGGUGAGGUUAGAGUUGAGCCCGUGCGCGGGAUGGCGUUGUUGCAUAAGCAUGGAGACUCGUGUCUCUUGCACGAGGGGGAGAUCGUCACUAGUGGCGAAAAGUGGGUGUUGCGCAGCGACGUCAUUUUCUAA